AUGCAGUUUACUCAGAUUUCCCUGGCUUCGGCUGUGUUCUUCCUCGGUACCAUGACCGUCGUCAAAGGCGUCGCGCUCGCUGUGCCCGACUCUGACCAACCGACCUCGCCUCAACCCAAACCACCUGCGGGCCCGGACCCGAACUUCGUUUGGACGCCCCCUGAGUUCCCGGAGGACAAGCCCGAGGACGGGUACUGCAAAUAUACGGAGUGCGACGUAAACGGCGCAUACGAGACGUGGCUUACGCAGGAAGUCUGCAUCAAUUCCGGAUUCAAUUACCAGUUGGAAGGCCAUUGCUGGAACAACGCCGGGAGCUACAUCGACUUUGACUUGUUCACAAGGAACUGUCAAGCCUAUGCAAGAAUGGGUUGGACCGAACCAACGCAGCUCGGUAAAUACCAUAGGUGGUACGACAGAAAGCACUAUGCCAGCGAAGGUGUCUCAGCAUUUUGUUUUCACUACUAA